GGCAGAGAGUCGGUGGAAGUGCAGCAGCCACUUCUCUCCGAAGCGCUAACUCACUCACAUCAGCAUCCUCACCGCAGGUUCCGUUUCGGAGUCUCUUAAGCGCGCAAAGAUGUUCUACUUCCACUGUCCACCUCAGCUGGACGGAGAGUGCUGUCGCUCCAACACGCUGAAUUCAGGCGGAUUUGGCAACCACGCCCCAACUGAUUUUGACGAUGGAUUUCUACGUAGGAAACAGCGCAGAAACAGAACAACAUUUACUUUGCAACAGUUGGAGGCUUUGGAGGCUGUUUUCGCCCAGACCCACUACCCGGACGUGUUCACGCGGGAGGAGCUGGCAAUGAAGAUCAACCUGACCGAGGCCAGGGUGCAGGUUUGGUUUCAGAACCGCAGAGCAAAGUGGAGGAAGACAGAGCGAGGGAGCUCGGACCCUGAAGGAGGGAAAGAGCAGAUGAGUGAGGGAACUCCUCCAUCUCGCAGCAUCAACUCUCAGUCCCCAGUGGACCAGGGCAGAAAACAGAAAGAACCACUGGAGAUGCAGCCAAGUAUCAACAGGACAGUGGGUCCUGGUGGUCCCUUCUUUCCAUCCUGCUUACCAGGCACCCUCCUUAACUCUGCCACCUAUGCCCAGGCUCUCUCGCAGGUCGCCACUCUGAAAGGUAAUGGCUUGUGCUCGUGCUGCGUUUCGGACCCCAUGGGCUUGUCCUUCCUGCCACCCUAUGGUUGUCAGGGUAACCGCACAGCCAGUGUGGCCGCCCUGCGCAUGAAGGCCCGUGAGCACUCUGAGGCAGUGCUGCAGUCUGCUAACCUGCUUGGUGCAGCAACCGGACCAGGUGCCAGCGUGGGAGUCCUGUCAGGAGUCGGCGUGAGCGCAGCUGGGGUGGUAAGACCCUCGGUGGGUCCUCCCAUUGAGGUGUCAGGCGCUGUCGGAAGAGGGGGAGAUAGCUCCAGUCCCACCUUGGCCUCCAAGGUCCCAGUCCUGGGCAGCAGUCCUGACAAGCACCCUCACUGCCCUAAGGAACCACUGGAGAAAAAGUGAAGGCGCUGGACACAAACGUGGAUGUACCGAUACUCUAAAUCUGUGUGACUGUGCCUGCUGUAACUACUCGACCCUGGCUGUAUGAGAAACUAAGCACAAAUGACUGACUCCAGAAACAGCCUGGGACGGACUUUUCUCAUAUCACACUGUGUGGAUGAAAACAUUUAACUAUUUAUUUGACAGUAAGUUAUGAUUGUGAGAAAUGCUCAGUAACUGGGGCCUUGUUCCCUCAUAAAAGCACAACUGUGGUUUUUGGAUCUAUUAUCUGUCUUCAUGCGCUCUUGGACUCUUUCGAUGGACUUACAUAGAUACAAUAUGUGUGCGACAAAGACAUAUUUGAUAAUGUGAAUUUAAAUAAUCCUGAUGUUGUUCCUCUCAUUUUCAUUAGGAGGUCUGGUGGUUACCUUGUAAACAUUAAUGCAUGUAAACUGUAAGUGUGCAAAUGGCUGGCAGGACAGUGAAGAGUUUUGCAGGAUUUUGGGCAAUAUAUUGUUUAUGGCAUCAGGUCAAGCAAUCGCCUCUCAUUCUUUUGAGUUUAAAAGUGAAAGUGCACUUUAAUAUUAAUCAGGCAUUUUAAGUGUAAAUGUGUACAUGUGCUAGACUAUGUGUGAACCCCAGGCAGCCUAAAGCAGACUCAGCGAGAGAGCGGCAGUUGUCCCUUCCACUCUGUUAGCACAUCUGUAGUGCCAGCAGACAGGGAACACACCAGUCCUGUUGUGACAUGUUCUUUAAAACAAUUAAAGAUGUACUCGCUCAUGUUCCUCUCCUGUUGCCUCUCGCUCCAGCCAUCUGUUCUAAUACAUUAUUUAUCAGCUUCCUUUAAAGCUGGGAGAGGAGAGCAUUCGUGACUCUUAUUAUUUAUUUACUUUUAGGAACGCUUGCGCUCACCCCUCCUCUCUGCGAGCCUUUUUUUAAUUUUUAUUUUUAAUAAACCCCAUUAAAGAUGAUAUAUGCUAUUUGUUAAUGUUGGAUUUACAUUUGAAAAAAUAUCAUCUGUCAUCACCUCAGGGCUCUUCACAACGUAGUUUAUCACGGGCAAUAUAUUUGUUGAUUCAUUAUUCUUAAAUAUCUCCCCUCACUAGAAUGACUCUUGACUAUAAGAUCAACUGAUCAGACUGAGAAUACUUAACCGCAGUGCACACAACCAGUAGUUGCUGAUUCAAUUUGCGUCCUUGAGGAUUUU